CAGAGCAGUCCUGCAUAUCUGAGCAGCUAUUUUUUAAGAAGAGUGCUUGGAAAGGCUCUAGGAUUUUAUGUCCCGUUAGGAGAAUUGACAUAUUUCCUGGUUUAUAGUGUUUCUGACUUCCUGCUGAGCAAAAAGUUGCUUGUUUGGUGGACAAGCAAAGCUUGGCAGCAAAUGCCUAAAACAAAGAUUCCCCAGACUUUUGAGGAGCAAACAGAAUGCAUUGUGGACUUUCUUCUCACAGACUUCUUAGGCUUGCCUUCGCAGACUGCUGACCGGAACCUAUGUUGUGUAGAUGAAGUGGACUCAGGAGAGCCUUGCUCUUUUGAUGUGGCCAUCAUUGCUGGUCGUCUUCGGAUGUUGGGUGACCAGUUCAAUGGAGAACUGGAAGCUUCUGCCAGGAACAUCAUUGCAGAAACCACUCAGGGACAGGUAGGAGCUGUCCUUCAGGACACAGUAAACUCUCUCAGCAAGGCCUGGUGUGCUCAGGAUUCUACCUUGGCUUAUGAGAGAGCCUUUUUGGCAGUGUCAGUGAAACUCCUUGAAUGUGUGGUCCGCAUGGCUCCUACAAUGGCAAGACAGGUGAUGAUGCCCGUAACAAAUAUGAUCAAUGGGAAUGGUGCCAUCCGGGAGUUCAUCCAGGGCCAGGGAGGUUGGGAAAAUCUGGACUGCUGAAGAAGAGGCGGAACUGCUUCCCAGCCUGAACAUCUCUUUCUCUUUGAUCAGGUGAUAGAUUUCUGGCCAUUAAA